UAAGCGGAACUUUAUAAAAUCUAGUCUAACCCUUAGAGACGUUUUCAUAAUUAUAAUAACAUGAAUUCAAUUACCCUUUCUUAAUACUAGUCAUCAACCUAUUAAACAACCUUACUAACAGAAAAUCUUUAGAGAUUUUAAACUGAGCACAAGUGCAAACUUCGUUUGAUGGUUGUGAAACGCAGGGGAUCACGUGACACUUUCGUCAAUCUCCAGUUAUCCCUCGGGCGCACGGUAAUUGGAGAAUUUCACAUUACAGCACUGCUAACCUUUAUUUAAUCAAUCGCCUUAUUCUCACGUUAACUAGGAGAUUGUAUGCGUCUGCGGGUCGGUUUAGACGGCGCUCCCGGCUAGGAUGCUAAUACACGGGUUUUUUCGCCGUGCGUUAUCCAUUCGUGACGCCAACAAAGCAGGCUGCGGUUUAUCGCUUCUUAAUCGUGGGGAUCUCUCGCUCGAAUAAAAAAAAAAUGUAAGGUACCUACCGAACUCUGGUAUUUUGUUCUCGAAAAUGCAGAAGGGAAUGCGACUCAAUGAUGGCCACAUUACAUACCUGGGUCUUUUGGCAAAAAAGGACGGCACGAGGCGGGGCUGCCUAAGUAAGAAGAGCUCGGACAACACGAAAUGGCACACCAAAUGGUUUGCGCUGCUGCAAAACAUGCUGUUUUAUUUCGAGAGCGAGUCGAGCUCGCGGCCCUCAGGAUUGUAUCUGUUGGAGGGCUGCGUGUGUGACCGGUCGCCAUCGCCUAAGCCAUCUCUCUCCGCCAAGGAGUGCUUAGAAAAACAGUAUUAUUUCACAAUCAGCUUCAACCAUGAAAAUCAAAAAGCUCUUGAGCUUCGGACUGAAGAUGUGAAGGACUGCGAUGAAUGGGUAGCAGCAAUAUCGCAUGCCAGCUACAGAAACCUGGCCACAGAGCAUGAGACUUUGAUGCAGAAGUAUCUCCAUCUGCUCCAAAUCUUGGAGACUGAGAAAACAGUUGCUAAGCAACUUCGACAACAGAUUGAGGAUGGGGAGAUUGAAAUUGAACGUUUAAAAUCAGAGAUUGCUGGACUGCUUAAAGACAACGAAAAGAUCCAGUCCAACCCCAUCAUUGCUCCCAGUGAAGAAGACUCUGAAAUCAAGAAAAUCAAGAAGGUACAGAGUUUCUUGCGUGGUUGGAUGUGUCGGAGGAAGUGGAAGACCAUUAUCCAGGAUUACAUUCGCUCACCACAUGCCGAAAGCAUGAGGAAGAGAAACCAGGUGGUAUUUAGCAUGCUGGAAGCGGAGGCUGAGUAUGUCCAACAGCUCCACAUACUUGUCAACAAUUUCCUUCGACCACUCCGCAUGGCUGCCAGUUCCAAGAAGCCACCCAUUACUCAUGAUGAUGUCAGCAGCAUUUUUCUCAACAGUGAAACCAUCAUGUUUUUACAUCAGAUAUUCUAUCAAGGCCUAAAAGCACGAAUAGCAAGCUGGCCAACGUUAGUAUUGGCUGACCUCUUUGACAUUCUCCUGCCCAUGCUGAACAUCUACCAGGAGUUUGUUCGCAAUCACCAGUACAGCCUGCAGAUCCUGGCACACUGCAAACAGAACCGUGAUUUUGACAAGCUGCUGAAGCAGUAUGAGUCCAAGCCUGACUGUGAGGAGCGGACUUUGGAGACCUUUCUCACGUAUCCCAUGUUCCAGAUACCACGCUACAUUUUGACUCUCCAUGAGCUGUUGGCACACACACCUCAUGAACAUGUGGAGAGGAAUAGUUUGGAAUAUGCUAAGUCCAAGCUGGAGGAGCUUUCCAGAAUCAUGCACGAUGAAGUAAGUGAAACGGAGAACAUCAGGAAGAACCUGGCCAUUGAGCGCAUGAUUGUGGAGGGAUGUGAGAUUCUCCUGGAUACUAGCCAGACUUUUGUCAGACAAGGAUCACUUAUCCAGGUGCCCAUGAGUGAGAAAGGGAAGAUCACCCGUGGCCGUUUGGGCUCCUUGUCUCUGAAGAAAGAGGGCGAGAGACAGUGUUUUCUUUUCUCCAAACACCUCAUCAUCUGUACCAGGGGCUCUGGGGGGAAGCUGCACCUCACCAAGAACGGAGUGGUUUCACUUAUCGACUGCACGUUGAUUGAGGACCCUGAAAGCACGGAGGAUGAGCCAAAAUCAGAGAAGAAUACCCAAGAUAUGGAGCACCUGGACUUUAAAAUAGUGGUGGAGCCUAAAGACAGCCAGUCCUUCACCAUCAUCCUAGUCGCUUCUUCAAGGCAAGAGAAGUCAGCCUGGACCAGUGACAUCAGCCAGUGCAUUGACAACAUUCGUUGUAAUGGCCUUAUGAUGAAUGCUUUUGAAGACAACUCAAAAGUUACUGUGCCACAAAUGAUCAAAUCCGAUGCCAGUCUUUACUGCGAUGAUGUGGACAUCCGCUUCAGUAAGAUGAUGAACUCAUGCAAAGUGUUGCAGAUCCGCUAUGCCAGUGUGGAGCGCUUAUUGGAGAGGCUGACCGACCUGCGCUUCCUGUCUAUUGAUUUUCUCAACACCUUUUUGCACUCAUACCGCGUCUUUACUACUGCAGAUGUCGUGCUUGACAAGCUUAUUGCCAUCUACAAGAGGCCUAUCAGUGCCAUCCCAGCUCGCUCUUUAGAGCUGUUCUUCGCCAGCAGCCAGAAUACUAAGCUGCUAUAUGGUGAACCACCCAAGUCACCCCGUGCCAGCCGUAAGUUCUCGUCACCUCCUCCACUGGCCCUUGGCAAGACUUCUUCUCCAAACAGGCGCCGCAAGCUCUCACUCAACAUCCCCAUCAUCACAGGUGGCAAGGCACUGGACCUUGCUGCACUUACUUGUUCCUCCAAUGGAUAUGCCAGCAUGUACUCCUCUCCUUUCAGCAAGACCACAUUGGAUAUUAACAAGCUCUAUGUAUCCAACCCAAUCACCAGCAAGAUCAGCGAUGAGACUGAGGGCAAAUCUGAGCGUGCAGAGGAGACCUCCCUUGUUAGACAGGAUAUUUCAGUGAGGGAAGAAAGUGAUAGUGAGCAGGUCCAGAGUGAUGAGGCAGAUGCAGAGGCUUCACCCACCAAAUCACCUACAACGCCAAAAACUGUAAAAUGCAAAACCUCUUCAGAUUUCUCCCUGUUUUCAUACAAUAAUGGCAUGAUGAUGUCAUCUUGCCGAGAAAUAGACAACAACCGCAGUGCACUUUCAGCAGCAUCUGCUUUUGCUAUUGCCACGGCUGGGGCCAAUGAGGGCACACCAACCAAGGAGAAGUACCGCCGCAUGUCCCUGGCUAGCACAGGAUUCCCCACAGACCAAAGGAAUGGAGAUAAGGAGUUUGUGAUUCGCCGGGCGGCAACUAACAGAGUACUAAAUGUCUUGAGGCACUGGGUGUCCAAACAUUCCCAGGACUUUGAGACCAACACAGAAUUAAAAAUGAAUGUGAUAUGCUUCUUGGAGGAAGUUAUGCAUGAUCCUGAGCUACUGACUCAGGAAAGAAAAGCAGCGGCCAACAUCAUAAGGACACUUACACAGGAGGAUCCUAGUGACAAUCAGCUUACUCUGGAAGAUGUACUACAGAUGGCUGAGAGUGGUAAAGCAGAGCCCUUUGAGAACCACUCAGCUUUGGAGAUUGCAGAGCAGCUCACCCUGCUGGACCACCUUUUUUUCAAAGUUAUCCCAUAUGAGGAGUUCUUUGGCCAAGGCUGGAUGAAGAAUGACAAAAAUGAAAAGACACCCUACAUCAUGACAACAACGAAGCACUUUAAUGAUGUAAGCAACUUGAUUGCAUCUGAGAUCCUGCGCUGCGAAGACAUGAACACACGAGUGGCCGUGAUGGAGAAGUGGAUAGCAGUAGCUGACAUCUGCCGAUGUCUCCAUAACUAUAAUGCUGUGUUGGAGAUAACUUCAUCCCUAAACCGCAGCGCCAUUUUCCGUCUCAAAAAGACUUGGCUCAAAGUUUCCAAACAGACCAAAACAGUUAUUGACAAGCUGCAGAAGUUGGUCUCAUCAGAAGGAAGAUUCAAGAACCUAAGAGAAGCUUUAAAAAAUUGUGACCCUCCAUGUGUGCCAUACUUGGGGAUGUACCUCACGGACCUGGCAUUCAUUGAGGAGGGUACACCAAACUACACAGAAGACAAUCUGGUUAACUUUUCCAAGAUGAGAAUGAUCUCUCAUAUCAUCAGAGAAAUACGGCAGUUUCAGCAAACAGCAUAUAAGAUUGAACAUCAACCAAAGGCAGCACAGUAUUUGCUUGACAGUAGCAACGUGUUGGAUGAAGAAAGCAUGUACGAAGCCUCACUCAAAAUUGAGCCCAAAGUGCCCAACUGAGAACAAGGCUUCUGUGAAACUUAUAAAGUUGUAUAGUGCAUCAUGUAUUCAUACACAGUAUGUCAGGUUAUAUAUUAUGUUAUUGUGCCUGUAUUUGUAACAUUUUAUUUCUAGAAAUUAUUAAAGCACAUAAACAUUUCCAAAUUAUAGAGGAGUUGCAGAUAUUAUAACAUUUUUCACUUCCCAGUACCAAAAAGAAAAAAAAAAUUGUGUAUGCUUUGAGAUAAAUAUUUAUUUAAAUUUUAUUUGCGGUCUUUUUAAUGAUUCAGGUUACACAUGUUGAUCCUCCCUUUAUUGCAAGUAAUUAUAUGAUGUAAUUCUCUGACGUGUUUCACAAGUAGACAUGUAUUUUUACUGAACAUGAAAUUUUAUAGAUACCUCAUGUAAUACUGAAAAAAAGUGCAUUUGGACAUUUUUACAUAAAUGAUAAGGUACACAUUACUGCUCAAAAGUUUGGGAUUACUUUAAUAUUUCAGCUUGAUUUCAGCUAAGGAGGGCUCCAUCAGCCAAUCCAUCUUGUACGAGAUGCUCCGGGAAGCAUGGGGUGAAAUCUCAUCAGAUUAUCUUGAAAAACUGACAUCUAGAAUUUAUUUCUAACUCUGACAUGUCAGCAUGUCCUGUUCUUUUGCUAUAUUUUCUAUUCAGACUAAUUUCAUGUGUGUUUCCUAAGAAAACAAUAACAUUUUUUGAGUGAUCCUAAACUUUUGAUCAGUAGUGUGUUAUUUAUAUAUAUAUAUAUAUAUAUAUAUAUAUAUAUAUAUAUAUAUAUAUAUAACACACAUAUUACACAUAUUAACUAUCUGCACCAAUUACAACAACAUGGCAAAUGCCACAGAUAAAACUUGGAAAAUUAUUAUUAUUGUUAUUUUGUGAUAAACACAUCAAAAGUAUAGUUUGAAAACAAGGUUUAUGCUGUUGUAUGCAGAAUGUCAUUAAAUUCAGUGGAUUAGCUCCUUUGAUGAGAAUAUAGGGCUCUAUUUUCAUGCCACAUAUAUAUAUAUAUAUAUAUAUAUAUAUAUAUAUAUAUAUAUAUAUAUAUAUAUAUAUAUAUAUAUAUAUAUAUAUAUAUGUAUUAUAUAUACAGUCUUAUGCAAAAGUUUAAUUUUAUCAAGCACCCCUUGAUAAAUAACAGAUUUUGGUGAUUUUUUAAUUGAAAAGAUGUUAACACAGUCUCUCUUGGAAAUGGAAAAAAUGGACAAUAUUUUCAGCAAACAUUGAUGCAUAGUUACUUCUUAUGCCAUAAAUUGAACAAAGAUAAAAAAUAAAAACAUUAUUGUGGCACUGUGCAAAAGUUUGGGCACUCUAAGAGUUCCAGAGUCUCAGAUUCUUUUUACAAGGUUUCAGACCUUAAUCAGCUCAUUAGAUCUGAUGCAUGGCAACAGCUGUCAUUAGUAAAUGCCAAUUUCAAAGCUUUACAAAUACUUUGACUCUUCAAACCUUGUACACACACUUGCGGACACUCAACAACCAUGGGUUCCUCUAAGCAGCUGUGUAAGACUCUGAAAAUGAAAGUUAUUGAUCCCCACAAUGCAGGAGAAGGCUACAAGAAGAUAGCAAAGCGUUGUCAGCUUGCAGUUUCCACAGUGAGAAAUGUAAUUAAGAGAUGGCAGUUCAGGGGAUCUGUUAUUUAUCAAGGGGUGCCUAAACUUUUGCAUAAGACUGUGUGUGUGUGUGUCUAUAUAUAUAUAUAUAUACAUGUGUAUAUAUAUAUAUAUAUAUAUAUAUAUAUAUAUAUAUAUAUAUAUAUAUAUAUAUAUACAUGUAUAUAUGUAUAUGUAUAUAUAUAUAUAUAUAUAUAUAUAUAUAUACAUGUAUAUAUGUGUAUAUACAGCUCUGGAAAAAAAAAGAGACCACUGCAAAAUAAUCAGUUUCUUAUGAUUUUUUUUUCUUACAGUUACAUGUAUUGGUGAGAUGAACAGUUUAACUACUGUUAUUUAGAGUGUAUAUUUAAAGGAAAUGACAACACAUAAAAAAAAACAAGAUCAUGCAGUAUUUGCAGAGCUUUAGUAACUCAAAUAAAACGAAAUGCAAAUAAAAUGUUAAUGCUUUGGCUAAAUAACAUAAAGAAAUCAGUAUUUGGUGGAAUAACCCCAAUUUGCAUGCGUUUUGGCAUGCUCUCCACCAGUUUUUCCACAUUGCUGUUGGGUAACUGUAUACCACACUUUUUGCAAAAAAAAAAAACAGUUCAAACUUUGCUUGAUGGUUUGUGACCAUCCUUCUUUCUUCUUUCUCUUGAUGAUAUUCCAGAGGUUUUCAAUAGGGUUCUGGAGAUUGGGCAGUGGUCUCUUAUUUUUUUCCAGAUAUAUAUAUAUAUAUAUAUAAACUGAAUCCUGAAACUGAAAUUGAUUUUCUGUUGGAGCUGGUUUGUAGCUGUGUACCUAGAUAAAACUCUCAUGUGCAGGACUAAUUGUCCUACAAUAUGUAACAAUUUCCUACAUAGAUGUAGCAAAGAUCAUUAUAUUUUAGUUCCACUGAUAAAAUAAUCAAAUAAGCAUUUUUAAUUUUUACUGUUUUGGCAUGUGAUUAUUAAACAUUGUGCAUAUAAAGUACUCAGAAACUACAUUGUAGGACUAAGUUUUAAAUUGUAUUACUUAAUCCCUUUUGCCCCUAACAUCAAAGAUGGAAAAGACACAGUCUAAGGUGUAUAUAUUAAAUUUAUUAUUACUUCAACACCUGAAUCCAAAAUGUAAUUAAUAAUCUAACUUCAAUGUAUAAUUAACUCCAAUAUUCAUUAGCUUAAUUAUCUGGAGAAGGUUGCUGUACUUUAAAGGACCUCACAUUUUGAAUACCAAUUUUAAAUUUCUCCAGCAUUUUUAAACACCAUCAAGGCAUGAUUAACAAGAAGUAAACUAAGUGAGAUAAAAGUGGGUGCCCUGAUGGUCUAAUACCAUAAUUUGUGAGGCUGUGGAACCUGAAUGAAUAGUGAGCAGAGUUGUGGCUACUCAGGAUAUGGCCAGGUUUUCCUUCUGGUUUACUCUCUAUACUUCAGAUUCGCAUAAAAUGUGGGAUCACUGGCAAAUUUUCAGUAAUAAUAAUAUUUUGGUUGUGUAGAAGAUGGACAAGUGGCAUAGUACAAUAUCUUGGUUGACAGCUUUAUGUAUUGUGAAGCAGGAAGGAUUACCAACUCACAGCUCAAGAGUCUCUGGCUUCAUCCUUAGACCAUGUUACUAUCUUCUGGGCAUUUCUCCCUAUGUCACUGUGGAUAUCGAUUGAGCUCUCUGGUUUCAUCAGACUUUCCAAAAUAUGCCAGCAAGUGGACUGGAUUAAUUAUGCAUACAAUAAUUUGGUGGAUUGUUCAGGCUUUGGAGCUGCUUUAUGGUUUUCAAGCCCCAAUUCUGGUUGCCUCUGCCAGGUGGUUCAUACUUAGGUAUAUACAGAACUUUGAAUAUGAUAAGCCAAACAUACUUCAUCAAAACAAAAGAUGGUUUCAUUUAAACAAGCUAAAAAGAUACAUGCAUGCGUAAAACUUAAUUUAGAUAAGUGUUUCUUUAAGGAAGCUUCUUAACCCCCAACUCAUCUUCCUCUUGACAUUUUCUUUGACCCAAGAUCAACUUUUGCCCUAACAAGUUUUCUUAGAACCCACAGCAACCACAUUCCUCUAUCUCCCCUGAUCCCAAAAUAUAUGAAACCCAUAAUAAUCUAGGACAAAUAUAGAAGACAAAUCAUGAAAAAGCAAAAUUAAAAAUAUUCUACACUACCCCUACUCUACUCCACAUAAAUAAAGAUAAGGAAAAGCAGAUAAGUAUAUAAAUGAUAAUAAAGUGCUUAUACACAGAUAUGUAUAUACAGUAUGGCUAUGCUUACUCUCCAUAGAGUUCUAGAAACAUUAAAUGGAAAUUGUAUUAUUACAGCAUUAAAGAAAUGAUUAUGUAAAAAUAUUAUUGAAUGUAAAUGGUUAACUGCUGACUGUGGUUAAAUAUAAGGUAUAAUAAUAGAGAAUAAUAAAAUGUUUUCUCUAAUAUGUUGUCUCUUUAAGUCUACAUACUCUAGUAUGUUCACAUUCAGCUAAAAUAACUGUAAGACCUAAACUCAUUUGCACUAUUUAAGUUAAGUACUGCACAAUGAAAUUCUUUCUUUGCAUAUCCCAUCCUUGGGGGUUGGGGUCAGAGCGCAAGGUCAGCCAUGAUACAGCACCCCUGGAGCAGGGUGGGUUGGGGGCCUUGCUCAAGGGCCUAAUGGUGGUAGCUUGGCAGUGCUGGGACUUGAACCCCAGUCUUCUGGUUAGUGAGCCAGAACCUUAACCAUUUGAGCUACCACAGCCCCUGUUUGGCAUAUUGAUUUAGACUUAUUUAUAAAAAGGUGAUGAUUUACCAAAAUCUUGUGGACAUAUGAACAAACACAACCAUAUGUGCUUAUUGAACAUCCCAUUAUACAUUAACUCCCUCUUUGCUGUUGUAAUAACUGUGUAUGUCGAACUUUGUGGCUUAAUGGAAUGCCCACAUGAGAACAUCAGGUAUCCAUAUACCUUUGGCUAUAAGAUGUGCUGAACUCUAAGCAUGCAUCAUUUAAUUGAACAUCUUACCAUUAAUGCCCACCAUAUCCUUGUUGAGAUUUGUGAGUUUGUAUUAUUUGAUACUUCUGUUCUAAUUACAUUCAUAUUACCUUGCUCCAGUGCUCCAUGGUUGCUGUUUUCAUGUUCUCAAAGCCUGAAUAAUUCUCAGACUCUAAGUUUGAAGAUAGUUAUUUUGUGCCUAUGAUUCAGCCUUUAAUUUUUUUUUCCAGCUGAUGCCUGGAUUUGUUAAAUGAUGUUGAGUUCUAAAGGGAAGUCAAUGCUGCUACUAGGUUUUGUUUGUCUUUACCAUUAGCUUUAUCCAGAGCUGUGAAAGCAUUCAAAAUCAUCAUAUCUCCAUUUGUUAUUGUCAGCUGGUGCUGACAUUUGAUGGCAAGCCUCUGUAUCUGGUUAUCUCAGUUGGGUUCAUUUGGACUUCAUCUGAAUCACUAGAACUAUUCCCUUUAUCUAGCUCCGACAUGGUGGAGAGUGCCAAUUUGGACAGCAGGUGCUGUACGUUUCAUUCUUCCCUUUUACCCACAAAAGCAUUUCAUUUCAAUGCUUCAACCACAGGGGACAAUGUUGUUCAACCUUAAAUCAAUUUAUAUUUGAUUUUGAUGUUAGAGAGUGUAAUAAACACAGAGACUUAAAGUGUGAUUCAUCCUGUAUUUCAUAGUCAGCGCUUGCAGUUGAAUCAGUCCAUGAACUGUAUUUUGUUUAAUAACAGUAAAUGGCAAUUCUGAAUUUGUCCUUUUAUCGGAGGAAUUGAAUGCUCAUAGAUCUACAUGUAUUGAAAUUAACUAUGUAUGAUAGGCCUUAUAAUCAAAUGCAUUGUUUUAAUGGGCUGAACAUGUGGUUUCUUUGCUACAAAUGAAUUAAGAAUCAAAUCCCUGUGUUUUAUCUAGGUCAUAGAUCUUCAUACCACCUCCAGCAACAAACUCACACUUUUAAUGUAAAUAAUACAGUAGUAGGCCAUCUAACCAGAUGUAAAGUGCAAAACAGACUUAAAAAAUAAUAAAAAAUAAUGUUAUCUGUA